AUCAAAUUGCCGCAUGCGGCUGUUAUUUGCAACGUUGGCCUUUAUUUUCUCAUAAAAGUUUCGUCAGCCACGUAUUGACCACCAUGGUGCUCGACUUGGACUUAUUUCGGGCUGACAAAGAUGGUGACCCAGACAAAAUUCGCGAAAAUCAACGUAAACGAUUCAAAGAUGUUGGUCUGGUGGAUACUGUUGUGGAACAGGAUACACUUUGGAGACGAUUACGCCACGAUGCUGACAACCUGAACAAACUUAAAAAUGUUUGCAGCAAAGAGAUAGGACUAAAAAUGAAAGCCAAGGAUCCAGUAGGUCCAGAAGAUCAGCCAGUACCAACCGAACUAGCCGAUAACCUGGUUAAUUUGACAGGCGACCAGCUGAAACCCCUCACUGUUAAUCAAAUCAAAAAAGUACGUGUUUUGAUUGAUGAAGCUAUUACAAAAAAUGAGCAAAGUUUACUGACAGCUGAGAAAGCUCGCUCAGCUGCUCUUAGAGAGGUCGGAAAUCAUUUACAUGCCUCGGUACCAGUGGAUGAUGAUGAGGACCAUAAUGCUGUAGAGAGAACAUUUGGGGAUUGUACCUUCAGAAAUAAAUAUUCUCACGUAGAUCUGAUAUGUAUGAUUGAUGGAAUGGACGGUGAGAGGGGAGCAGCUGUCGCAGGCGGUCGUGGCUACUACCUUAAAGGACCUGCAGUAUUUUUAGAGCAAGCUCUAGUACAGUUGUCCCUUAGGAUUCUCUUAAAUAAAGGGUAUACACCUUUAUAUACUCCUUUCUUUAUGCGCAAAGAGGUGAUGCAAGAAGUAGCACAAUUAGCACAAUUUGAUGAAGAACUGUAUAAAGUUGUUGGUAAAGGUUCAGAAAACAAAGGAGAUAGUGCUGUUGAAGAAAAGUAUUUAAUUGCAACCUCUGAACAGCCAAUUGCAGCCUUUCACAGGGAUGAGUGGCUACCUGAAUCUUCACUGCCAAUCAGAUAUGCAGGUCUGUCUACUUGUUUCCGACAAGAGGUAGGAUCGCAUGGUCGUGAUACGCGUGGCAUCUUCAGAGUACAUCAGUUUGAGAAGGUAGAGCAAUUUGUGCUCACGUCACCCCAUGACGACGCAUCUUGGAAGAUGAUGGACGAGAUGAUCGGCAAUGCUGAGGAGUUCUGCAAGACGUUAGGGCUACCGUACCGGGUCGUGAACAUCGUGUCAGGUGCGCUCAACCACGCUGCCGCCAAGAAACUUGACCUGGAGGCGUGGUUUCCUGCCUCGGGAGCGUUCCGUGAGCUCGUCUCCUGCAGCAACUGUCUGGAGUACCAAGCUAGGAGAUUGCUAGUCAGGUAUGGGCAGACAAAGAAAAUGAAUGCAGCCACAGAGUACGUGCACAUGUUGAAUGCGACCAUGUGCGCCACUACGAGGGUGAUCUGUGCGAUUCUAGAAGUACACCAGACCGAAGAGGGCAUUAAGGUUCCCGAAGCACUAAAACCAUGGAUGCCUGAGCGAUACCAAGAGUACAUUCCGUUUGUAAAACCAGCACCCAUCGACCUCGAAGCUGCCGCAGCAGCCAAGAAAGGAAAGAAGCAAAACGAAAAGAAAUAGUGCCUAUGCCAACUGUAUUCCCGCCAGAAAUGCAUUAUUUAUUUUAACAUUACAUUGCUAAUAAACAUAUUUAUUUAUAUAAUAUGAUUGUAUUAAAAUGGGAUCACUGAA